AUGAAUUACUUGAUAGAAAAUGAAGUAUUGUGCGUAACAGAGUGUCCUUUCAUAAGAGGUAGAUAUAUUUUAUUUACAUCUAUUGUGGUCAAUCCACGUCGACUUUUGAACAUGUCGUCGGUAAAGGUUGUGAAGGUGACCGAGCCGCUGGUGCUGGGCGAGGGUCCUCACUGGGACGCGGCUCAGCAGGCGCUCUUCUUUGUCGACAUCAAGGGCCACUCGAUACACAAGUACAAACCCGCCACCGGGGAGCACAGCAGUACCAAACUCGGUGGCGCUGUAGGCUUCAUAGUACCGGUUGAGGGCACCAGCGACCAGUUCGUCGUGGGUGUGGAGCGACAGUUCCAGAUAGUACAAUGGGAUGGCAGCGACGGUGGCGCCGCCAGGGUGCUGCGGACCCUCGGGGAGGUGGACCCGGAGGCCCCCAGCAAUAGGAUCAACGAUGGGAAGGCUGACCCUAGGGGGAGGCUGUUCGCUGGCACAAUCGGAGCAGAAGACAUCCCUGGCCAGUUCGCAAUGAACAAGGCCUCAUUGUUCCGGUGGGACGGGCCAAACAUGAAGAAGCUGGUACAAGGAGUGACGGUGUCCAACGGGCUCGCCUGGGACCUCAAGGAGAAGGCGUUUUAUUACACCGACUCGUUGGAAUACAACAUCCGGAGAUACGAUUACAAUGUGGAGACAGGGGAGAUCUCAAACAUGAGCUACGUGUUCGACUUCAAGAAGAAUAACGUGGCAGGCGUGCCGGACGGGUCCACCAUCGACACGGACGGCAACCUGUGGGUGGCGGUGUUCGGUGGGUCGUGCGUGCUCAACGUCGACCCGCGGACUGGGAAGCUGCUGCGCAAGAUACCCAUACCCGCGCUACAGGUGACCUCAGCCACGUUCGGCGGGCCUAACCUGGACACCCUGUACGUGACCAGCGCCAGUAUGAACAUUUCCGGGGAGCAGCUCCCCCCCUGCGGUGCCACCUUCGAAGUCACGGGGCUGGGUGUUAAGGGACACCCCAACCUCAACUUCAAGUUGUGA